AAAUUCUAAAAUGGACAGAUAUGUGUGAUGUCAGUGAUGACAAACGACACAAAACCUAUUGGGAGAAGUAUGAGGAGGAGAUGACUCUCAGGAAGGCUCGCAUACAGCACAUCAUUCCAGAGAUCUUCUCCCCCGGUUACUCUUUCCCACGACAGGACACAGAUGAUGACUUCACCAUCACCGUCAAUGAUCACGUGUCCUUUGGGGACAUGAAGGAUGCAGCAAAUUCAAAUCCUCAGAAUGCAAUGCACACAAAUCCUGUGAAAGGAUUUGUGUGCACUGUCCGAAAAUUUCAUCCCGGAACAUACAAAGUAACAGUCUUGAAGCUGUUUGAAUACCCAGAUAAAAACUUUGGUGAAGGAGACCCUCUGGUGAUCUUCCAUCAUGAGAAGAUUGACCCUAAGCAGAUUGGCUUGCAGGUCAUCCGCCUUUGCCAGGAUUACUGUGACUACCAUCAAGGAAUGAUCAACUACAUCAAUCGAUAUGACUGGUGUCACUGGAGGAACUGGGGGGCUUGGGAUGAUUUCAACAAAGUUAACGAACGAAAGCUGAUCAUCAGAGGAGAUCCUGAACCUGCGCCAGAGGAUGAAAGUAAAGAAGGAGAGAAGAAAGACGAAGGCAACCCCUUCUUUGAUGAGCAGCUCAAUACUUUCAAGCCAGAGAGAGCAAGCACUGUGUUCUUCACCCGGUCAGAGAAUGCAGAGCAGUUGGAGGAGAGCCUAAAAUUGGGACAGUUCAGACGGUCAGAGAUCAUACCGGAACUCUUCACUAUUCACAAUGAAAAUGGUACAAUAUCACUAGCCGUGGACUACGGUGCACUGAGUGAUGCAGAGUACCUCUAUGCAAAAGUGUUUCAGGAUAUGGCUUCAGAGGACUAUUUUGCUCUUGUGGUGAAUGGCAGCCUGGGUGUGCUGGAUAGUAAUGGUGGAUUGCCUCCCUUCAAACCCGAGAGCAUAAGUGAGAUUUACCAACAGUAUGGAUUCACCACAGUGUCUGAAAAUAGCCUAAAGUUCAACAUGGCUGAAUUCAUGCAUUAAGUGACUAUAUAUGUGAUUUGUUGCAUUUGAUCUUUACCAACAAAUAAGUAAAUACUAUAUUGCAUGGCCAAAGACAUAAUAUUGCAUGUUAGUAGAGAGCUUUACACCACUGUGAAGUGAAUGCUAGUGCAUAAAUCUGUAUUUUGAAAUUGGUUGAAAUGUACUUUGUUGUUUGUAAGUUGUGAAGAUUGAUAAACACUGAAUAUUUUGGCUAGUAAUAACAAUCAACUGAAUAUAACAUAUAUUGAAGAAUUUUGGAUCACAUUUGUGGUAAUGCCUUUGCUUCACUUAAUCUUUUUAUAGAUUAAGUUGAAUAACUAAUAUGAAAAUAAACAGUAAGCAGCAAAGCUUUCUGAAUUCUUGUUAGUUGAUAUUUAUCUCUUUAAUGCUGUGAAAUGAUUUCUAUUAUUUUUAACAAAUAGUAAAUUUAUGUAUGUGUAGACAUAUUUGUAUUUAUGCUUUGUGAUAUAAACUUUUACAUUCCUGUGUAUUGAAUGGUUAUAUUUAUUCUGAAGCAUAUAAUGUAUGAACUAAUUUUCUAUUUUAGCUUUGUGACAGGCACUUCACAUUCCCAAUAUGUGUCAAAUGAGUGGCCAAAAGUUGCACAUUACUGAACAGGUUUAUGCACAUUUUCCUAUACUUUUCCCCGUUGUAACAGAAUCUCAUAGAAUUAUCCAAAACACCUUAGGCUAAUUAUGUGGAGCCUUAAUAAUGCUGUUUGACGUCUGUGUACCUUUACACAGUAGAGGUGUGUUUAGUUUCCAGAGUCUUGGACCCUGGUUAGGUCUCGAUUCUGCUGCCGAUUGAGCUUAUUUACACGGCUUGAUAAGGGAGAAGUGUCGGAAUCUAAUUAAAAGUCUAGUGUACAUGUACUCAACAAAACGAAUAUGCCUUAGAUAUACGUGUGUUCAGUGUCCUCUCACAGAAGCCACUAACUCCUUAGCACUGGCAGGGUAACCUUCCAUAGUGAUAAAUCUGUAUUAUUAUUAUUAUACUUGUUAUUAUAAUUUGUAUUAUUUUUGUAUGAUUUUCUGAUUAAACUGUGCCUUGUAAUUUGAUAUACCUGUAUACAAUUGGAGGGAUUUAGUGCUGCAUGUUUACAGGACUAUGUCUCUGUUUUGGCAGGACUUGUAGCAUGUCAGAGGGAGGUAUGUGACCUCACUGCAACUCCCUUUGCACCAGUGUCUUGAACUCAAAAUAGUAGUGGAAACACUGUUUUUUUAUUCUAUUUAUAUUAUUUUUACACCAUGUUUUGAGAAUAUCUCAGAUAACCUAAGCAGUUCCAAUACCUUUCAAUAUAUUCCCUUUUCCCUGCCUGUGUAAAGGCAUAUACACCCAUAGAUACUACUGAGUCUGAAGCUGUCAGUAGUUAUUGCUGUGCUUUUGAUAGAGUUUCUUUAUAUAUAUAUAUACAUACAUACAUACAUAUAUAUAUAUAUAUAUAUAUAUAUAUAUAUAUAUAUAUAUAUAUAUAUAUAUAUAUAUAUAUAUAUAUAUAUAUAUAUAGUCAUUGGUAUAGAGAGGCUGAAAGGAGACAGAAUUAUGGUAUUGUAAAUUUCUGAUUAGGAAACACAAGCAGCUGUGGUUAUUGUAUGUGAGUGAUGCGCCACACUGGCAGAGCAGCUAUUGGAGAAAAGUGAUAUUGUGAGCUUACAAAGAAUGAAAUGAGUGGCAUUUAUUCUCAUUUCCAAUAUAUAUUAAUAGAGACUUGUGAAAAUAUGUAAAGGACUGAAGUGAAGCUUUGAUUUGUGGUUAGGAUGUUGGACUCUGACAGAAAUAUGACUCGUGACUAGAAUUUAAUGUGAUUUUUGAAUGAUUAGAUGAUGUUAGGCACCUUUUCAUAGAGAAAUAUCCUUUUGAAUGUUGAAUUUUUCUAAUUUCCAAAAAUCCAUUAUGUUUAGAAUAGUUCCUUAUUUAUGUCAAAAUUAUCACCUGUGAUGAAAGCAAAGCUUUAAAAUGAAUCACUAAUAUUAGGUUCAUGGUAUUGUAAGAUAAUACCAUGAAAUCUUAAUGAUAUUGGAUAUAUGUAAGUAAAAGCAGAGUGCGAGCAGUUUGACUUGGGAAAUGAAUCUGAAAUCACUUUUUUAAAGUUGAGAAUUGAAGUGAUAUAUGAUUUGCUUUGCUGAAUCUCUAUAAAUGUUUCUGAUAAACACAUCAUGAUGUAACUGUUAGAGCUUUAUCUGUGCUAUGAUUGAGUAAAAGCUACACACACUCCAGAACAUAUAGCUUUAAACUAUAAACAGCUAAGUAUAACUGACAAUUGCUUUUACUUGUCAUGCAGAUACGAGCUUAGAUUUUCAUAAGAAUUAAGAUGGGUGGAUGUUGCCCUUUCAAUGACAAGAUUUUCUGUAGUUUCUCAAUUGCACAGAAUGAAGAUGGUCAUUGUGAAGAGUCACUUUACUUACUAAUGGAUAAUGAUAAGUGAGGUGAGAUCUUUGUUUUAUUGUAAAUUAAUUGGUUGGUUUUAAUUAAGUUGAUAUAGUAUGAUUUAUUUGAUCUUUUUUAUUUGCUUGGUCAGUUUGACCAAAAUUAUUUAUUAUGCAGUAGAAUUUAUAUUUAGCAAUAUACAUUAAAUUGGAUAUUUAUUUACUGUUUUAUUAAUGCACAGUGAAUUUAACUUCCCUUUUAUCCCUGGAUGGGAUUAUAAAUUUAAUAUACUGUAUAAUGUUGUCUCAUGUUGUAAGUUAGAGAUAAGAAAAGAAAAAAUGACUAAAAGUGUAUUUGUGUAAGAAUAUGCUGUAUGGCAUAGAUUUGUUCCUAAUUAUUUCCUAAGUUUUUUUUCUUUUUUUCAUGGACUUACAAACUGUGUAGGCAGUGUAAUUAGAUUACAAUUAACCCUCUUUGUAAAUUGUGUAAUAAAUCUUUGUCAUGUA